AUGUCUCUUGAAAUGAAACAAAUAUUUGUCAUCGCUAUUACAACAUUUAUAUUGAUAUCAUCAACUCUAAAUCAACAACUUCUAACAAAUCUUCCAUUCGAAUGUCGAGGUCGUUUAGAUGGUUUUUGGCGUGAUUUGAGAUAUUGUGAUGUGUUUCAUUCAUGUGUUGGCGGCAUACAAAAGCUAUCAUACGGAUGUCCUCAAGUGGGAGAACGAUUCUAUUUCGAUGAUGCAACUCAGAGAUGUGAAUUUGCUUCUCAAAAUGCAGCCGGUUGUCAAAUGAAUCAGUAUUAUGGUCCUAUUGCCAGUACACCAACAUUUUCUGGGUCACAACUGAGCACACAAGCUCCUACUGAACCAUGGAAAAUUUUUGUUCAAUCCCGAGAACAAUUUAGCUGCGCAAAUCGACAGGAUGGAUUUUACGCUAGUCGAUGGUGUAACGUUUUCUAUCGUUGCUUUAGUGGCGUUUCCAAUUCAUUUAUUUGUCCAGCCCAACGAGGUGGUGGACGUUUAUGGUGGAUUCAACAUGGUUCACAACAAGCUGUAUCAGAAGCAUCAGCUACAUGUAUUUUUCCAUGUGAUACUGGCAAACAAUGUUCAAGUCCUGGUGGAAUUAUAGUAGAAAAUGGAAAUCAAAUCAGUGAAAGUCAACAAGAAGCUGAAACUGCGUAUAGACUAUCUCCAUGUUCAAAUCAAACUUCACCAAUAAAUACAGGUGGUGUAGGAGGAACUCAGACAGGUUCAGGUGUCACUCAACCAGGACAACAGCCUGGUUCCAGUACAGGAGUUGGAACAGGUCAACCAGGAACAGGAAACCAGGGUGGCUCACCCAGUACAGGAGUUUCGUUCACAGUUGAUUCGAAUGUGAAUUGCAAUGGUCAACCUGACGGUGUAUUCUUAUCUAGUCCUUAUUGCAAUGUCUUUCAUCGAUGUAUAUUUGGUAGUAGAUUUGAUUUUCGUUGUGCUCGUGGAAAUAAUGUUUCCUAUGAUUUAUGGUGGAAUCAACAGACUAAUGUAUGUGAUUGGCCAUGUCGUGUACAAUGUACUAAUCAACUAUUUGGAUCGACGACAUCGACACAACAAGUUCAAAGUGAAAGUUUAGCUUUUUUUAAUAACGAUUGUCGAGCCUAUCCACGUAUUUUUUAA